AUGUGCGGGAUAGACUCGCCUAAGGCCGGAGGGUCUAGGGCCACCGCUGCAUCCGACGCAGGAGGCGGCGAGGAUGCCGGAAACGGGGCUAACACAGAGGACGGCACGGCUGCAGGAAAUGGCCUAGACAGAGCGCGGGAGGGCGGCAAGGGUAAGAUGGAGCCCCGCGGUAAGAACGGACCAAUGCACAGCCGAAAGAGAAAACCAUCCAACUGGAACAUCGCACCGACGGCACAUUCGCCUGCUUGUCAAACCAUGUUGGCGAUUCUCAACUACGAAGCGGAGACUAGUCACCUCAGCGUUCUGGACAUCCUCAUCGACUUGCUCCGAGAUUUACCGUUCUGGAUCGGUUCCCGGUCCGUGGUGGAGAAGCAAACGUUUUUGUGGUCGUUGUACAAGCUGCUGGUGACGGAUACGUACCUGUUGCGGAAGUCGUGUACCUGGUACUAUGCGGUCUCUGCGGAUGACCCUCGCAUCAACCCAAUAAUGCGGCGGAAUGCCCGGCCUCGCCGAAACGUCCUGUCGACCGUAAGACUUGGACCCGGCCUCAAGCCUGGUCAGGGAUCUCAAGCUGAGGGGCCUCAGAGAUCAGUUAUCCCGUUACCUGACGUUCGGUGUUUUGCAUUUUACCAACCGCCUCCCGAGGAGGAACCUCUGCCGGAACCAAUUCCCAAGUACAACCAAGUCGACCUUGCCGAACAGCGACGACACGCUGAACAUGUGCAGCGUCUCCAGCUGGCUACCCAGAGGUGCCAGGAAACGAGACAGAGACCAUUCUCCGCCGGCGCCGGUACUUUGGUCGCUGGCGACUAUUAUCUGGUUCCCCAGGCGGAUGAACAGGCCGGUGGUGUCAUGGAUGAAUGUCUGCGGUUUGAAUUCCCGUUCCUCGAAACGUUGCACCAAGACGAAAAGGACAAACGACAAGCGCCGUAUGGCCCAUCGCCCGGUGAUCAGAACUGGCGUUACAUACUGGCGCAUCUCCUGAAGAAUAAUUUUUCCCGCCCGAAAGGCUAG